GCUUGAUGUACAUACUAUCUACAACACACAGGCAUUUCUUAUGUCACUAACUCAACUAUUAACUACCUAGUCAGAAGAAAAAGAUAUCGUGACAUCAUCGAAAAUUCGCAUACUCAAAUUCAUGCAUUAUAGUCUUAUUUAGUAUACAUUAUUUCUAUGAAUAAUGAGUGUGGUUCGAAUGAAGCAUUUACUAAUGAUGAAUAUUAUUCGAUUAUCCCUUCUGUAUGUUGACAAAGUCUUCUGCAUUUUAUCCCUUCUAGAAUUAUAUUUAGCACUUGUGCAAAACACACCUAUACAGGAAUUCCAUAAAUUAUCCAGUAAACCCUUGCCCUCAUCAUUGUUCGCCAGUUCAGUUAGUCAAAAUAAUAAUUUGAACCCCAAUAAUGGAUUUAAUGACUUAUGGAAAGAUAGUCCUACACCUGUAAUUGGAAGAGUAAUCUGGUGUGUAAAUGAGUCAAAACAAAAGUGGUUGCAUAUUGAAAAUCCAAACAAUAAUAAUAGUGGUAACCAAAAUAUCAAUAAAGGGAUAGGAUCUAGAAAACUGAUUCUACUGAACUCUGGAAAAUUCAUUUGUCCUCAACCCAACCAAACUGAAGACAUGAAAUAUUGUUGUGGACCUCUAGGGAAACAGGGAUGCUGUAAAAUAACAGACACACCUGGACUUCGAUGGGGUAUACCCCUGGGUGUGAUUGUCACUAUCAUAGUAUUCUUGACUGUGAGUUAUACAAUUCAAGUGUUUCGUGCUUGUGAUAGAUGUUAUCAUGAAUGUCCAAUAUUCACUCCAACACCAAAUGAUGCUGAAUUUCAGUGGGAUACACGUUGGUACACAGUAUCACAUGAAGGCAAUCGUUAUGGAGUAACAUUUCACAGUCGAUUAUUCGCCAAUGAAUUUAUGAAAUGUCUAGAAGCUAAAUAUGGUCGAUGGAAUACAGCUAACAUAUUGAAGAUACAACGAGAUGGACAAAAUUUUGUAAUCCUCAAUAUAUUUUUUCAUGAUCUUUUCACCCCCUGGUUUUAUACACAAGGACCGAUAAAAAAUGAUGAAGAAUGGAUCCGUACAGAUUUUAAAAAUAUUUGCCAUGCUGUUCAGACGAGACUGGCUGUCAGCCCACGUUUCAAUUGGAAGUUUAGCAGAUCAUCAGACAAGUCAAGAAAUUGUAAGCCACAAAUCCAAUCUCAUCUAACAAUGUCUGAUAUCAAUUCAAAUGUAACUUCAAAUUUUCAAUCAGGAGAUAAACACUCAAGUCAACUGACAACUAAUACAACAAGUACUACCACACCAUGGACUCCAUGGACUAAGGUGGCGUAUAUUCCAUCGGUUACAGAAACUUCAGUUAGAAAACAUCUAACUCGUAGUACAAAUAAGAGUAAAUAUAAGCAAAAAACUGAUAAUAAAAACUCUCAAAUGGUAAACGUUAUCAUAUUAGAGGACAUUAUCGAAUGUAAUGGAUUGGAUAAAGGUGUACAAACACAUCAGAAAAGAUUAAAAACAAACAGAAAAACAAUUGACACCAUAGUUUAGUUCAGACAUAUUGUAACAUAUUUUUCAAUAAACAAUAUGGGUACCAAGAAGUCAGUUAAUAAUUCACAUAUAAUUUGAUCAGAAAAUAUAUGAUGCCCUGCCAAAGCAUCAUAGUGAUUUAUAACCAUUUCAAUACCUUCAAUAAAACUGGAUGAUGAAUUUAAUGUAUCAGGAAAGUUUAAAACAACUAAAUUUUUUUGAAAAUUAAUAAAAUAAACUACAACAAGAACAUACACACAUGCUGAAUUAUUUCAUAUAAUAUGUAACUAAAAAUCAAACCAUUUUAUUAGUCUGAUAACUUUAUGUUAUAAACCCUACAUUUUAAAAAUAAAUUAUAUAUUUGAAUUGCUU